AUGUCUUCAAAAGAAACUAUUUAUGAUGCAUUCAAAAAACCGAAAAAUUUAAUAUCACCACCAAUAUCAGAAUGGGAAUUUGGCGUAGGAAAUAUUCCAGCACCAUAUCCUUAUUCAUUUAAGCCCGAAGAUUUAGGUAAUUUUCCAAAAAAGAAUAGUUAUGAAUCACAACAACAAGGAUCAUCUAAUAAAAUUGAUAAUGAUUUAAUAUCGGAACAGCGUGAGAUGUCCAAGAACAUAAUUAGAACUCCAAGUUCACCAGAAGAUUUUUCGUUAUUAGCUGAUACAACACCUUCCAGGAAUAAAAUCCUAUACAAUAAUAGUACAUUUGCAAGUUCACACCAAUCACAAAUCGAUUCAACUUUAAGAUCCAGAACAUCUUCAUCUUCGUACACAGGUCAUCAUCAUAUAAAUGAUAGACCAUACAGUAUUAGUGCAUUAAGAAGACCUUCUCAAAUUAUUCUUUCUAAAUAUGACGAGAAUGUUGAAAUAGGGUAA